ACUCGCUGAAACAAACUUCCGUUUCUUCAACAAGAUGACAUCCCCUAGAGCAUUCGACUUCACUGAUGAAGUAGCAAUCGUGACCGGUGCCGGGUCUCGUCUGGCUGGGGAGAUUGGAAACGGCCGCGCAACAGCAAUCUUGCUCGCACGACAGGGCGCCAAGGUUGCCCUGGUAGACUACAAUGUCGAUUGGGCACAAGAGACAAAACGCAUGAUUGAUCUCGACGGUGGUCAAUCCAUCGUGAUUCAGGCGGACGUGACGGAUGAAGAAAGCUGUAAAAAAGCCGUGGCGCAGACCAUCGGGGCAUUCGGGACCGUGAAUAUACUUGUUAACAUUGUCGGAGUUGGAGGUGCCAUGGGAGACGCUACGCGACUUGACCUUGCAGCAUGGGACAGAGACUUCAGGAUCAAUGUGACUAGCAUGGUGCUGAUGAGCAGGUAUGUCAUACCGGAGAUGAGAAAAAACGGACGCGGCGCGAUCGUCAAUAUGUCCUCUGUCAGUGGUCUCCUCGGCGGUAACCCUAGUUUGCUGUACCCUACAACAAAAGGAGCCAUUAUCCAGAUGACUCGGGCGAUGGCGGCGCAACAUGGCCCAGAAAAUAUCCGGGUAAACUGCGUUUGCCCGGGGAUGGUGUUCACUCCUAUGGUACGCGGUAGAGGAAUGACGGACGAGAUGCGCCAGGCUCGUAUCAAUCAGAACCUCCUGAAGCAAGAAGGAACGGGAUGGGAUGUUGGUUAUGCAAUUCUCUUCCUCUGCAGCAAAGAAGCCAAAUGGAUCACAGGGCUAAUCAUGCCUGUCGACGGAGGGUGUAGCCUCUCAACCUUCUGCAAGGACAUAAUGGUGUCAAAAUCAAGUGCUAUGAAACAAAUAGAUAUGAGCGACAUAUUUGGCCGGUAA